AUGUCGUUAUCAAAUGUGUUCGGCGUGGAUGGGCUCAGUCGACGGCCAGGGGAGCCGGGUCGAUGGGCGCCGUCCUCGGCCAGGACGAUCCAGCUCGGCCGCCCGCUGAACACUGAUCAGAUCAGUCGAGCACAUCCUCAGCUAGUUCCCCUCGAUCAUCCUCCCCGAUCCGACCCCGGCCUCAUCCACCAAGGCCGCCGAGAAUAA